AGGUAGAAGAAGAUGUUCAAGUUCCUAAAAGGAGUUGUUGGUGGAUCUGGUUCUGGACCUAAUAACCUACCCUAUUAUAUCGCUGAACCUUAUUGCUCCUCUUGGGGCUCUUGGGCUCACUCCCGCGGCUCCUCCAAGGGAGAGAGUUGCUGGACGAAACUCCUUUCUUUAACCUAGUGAAUUCAAUAAAAGUUCACCAUUAUCUCUCUGCUUCUUUCUCUAUCUGUUUUUUUCUGUCUCUCCAAUUUCAUUGUACGUGAAUAUAUAUAUGUGUCAUGUAAUUAUCAGUAUUUUUGUUUUUGAAGACACCCAAUCCAUGUAUUAGAGAAACUCCCAACACUGUAGGCAUUUUUCCUAACAAAAGUACAUAAAAAGAUCAUGUAAUUAUCAGUAUUCUUGUUUCUGAACACACCUGUGUAUUACGAAGUGGAAGUUAAGUUUUCUUUUACUUUAUUAUGGCUCAUGGUUUUUCAAAACUCAUAAGUUGAAUGGUGAAUGAAUUGUCUGGCUCACGACAUCAUCUUUCACUUAUAGUUCUUUAAACAACAGAGUUCUGCAGAAAUGUAGAAGCUUUAGCAUAAAAGAAGCAUUUCCUACCAAAUAAUCCUGCACAUAAUAGACUUUUAAUAAUGUCUCAAAAAAUAAAAAUAAAUAAUAGCCUUUUAAUAAGCACUCCAUAGCUUUCCUGUGGUUGGACUAACAUAAUAACAUUCCUGUCAAAAGCAUGUCAAAUAUCCAUACUUGUCAGUUGCUGCAGUGAAUUAUUUUCCUCUAUGGCACAUCUCUAUAACCAGUAAGGCAAAUACUUGUUCACAGGACAUCCAAAUAUGCUCUUAUUCAAAGAAUGGGGUUGUUGACGUUAUUUGAAGGAUGAUGGGUCUCCAGUGUCAAUAUUUUCUCUAUCAGGAAGUAAUGCUAAUGAUGGACUUUUAGCUGCUGGUCGUAAUGGUGUCAAGCGUCUCCGCACGGAAGUGCACAAGAGAAACAUCAGAUUCUAGCAUCUAAUAAUGACGGCGAGGAUGAAAAUGCUAAUUGGAUCCGAUGUAAAUCCAUUUUGUGAUGGGGUUAGGCAUCCAAAUAUUUUAUCAUUCCUUCACAGUAUGGAGGCUGAAACUUUUGUUGGUUCUACUGCAAAGGUUACUAUCUAUAUUGUCACUGAGCCUGUCAUGCCACUAUCAGAAAAGAUCAGGGAAUUAGGAUUAGAAGGUACACAAAGGGAUGAGUAUUAUGCAUGGGGAUUGAACCAGAUAACUAAAGCUGUGAGCUUCUUAAAUAACGAUUGUAAACUUGUCCAUGGUAAUGUUUGCUUGGCUAGUGUUGUUGUUACUCGAACUUUGGACUGGAAGCUGCAUGCUUUUGACGUUCUGUCUGAGUUUGAUGGAAAUAAUGAAGCUUCUAUGGGAUCAAUGCUGCAAUAUGAAUGGCUUGUUGCUUCGGAAUACAAAUCAAUGGAGUUUUUGAAGUCUGAUUGGGCAACAAUCAGAAAAUCUCCACCUUGGGCCAUUGAUUCUUGGGGUUUGGGCUGUCUUAUUUAUGAGCUUUUUUCUGGUAUGAAGUUGAGUAAAACUGAGGAGCUGCGUAACACUGCUUCCAUACCCAAGUCUCUACUUCCAGAUUAUCAGCGGCUUUUGAGUUCCACGCCUGCUCGCAGGUUGAACUCAUCAAAGCUUAUAGAAAAUAGUGAAUAUUUCCAAAAUAAGUUGGUGGAUACCAUACAUUUUAUGGAAAUUCUGAAUUUGAAGGACAGCGUUGAAAAGGAUACUUUCUUCCGCAAACUCCCAAAUCUGGCAGAACAGCUCCCUCGCCAAAUUGUUCUGAAAAAGUUACUUCCUUUAUUAGCUUCUGCCCCAGAAUUUGGUUCAGCUACUGCCCCUGCUUUGACUGCAGUGUUGAAAAUGGGUUCUUGGCUUUCACCAGAAGAAUUUAGUAUCAAGGUAUUGCCAACAAUUGUUAAACUCUUCACCUCCAAUGACCGGUCUAUUCGAGUUGGUCUCCUGCAGCAUAUUGAUCAAUAUGGGAAAUCACUGUCAGCACAAAUUGUAGAUGAGCAAGUUUACCCUCAUGUUGCUACUGGGUUCUCCGACACAUCUGCUUUUCUUCGCGAAAUGACACUUAAAUCCAUGCUUGUUCUGGCUCCUAAGCUGUCUCAACGCACUCUCUCAGGAUCUCUAUUGAAGUAUCUUUCUAAGCUACAGGUUGAUGAAGAGCCAGCUAUUAGAACAAAUACCACGAUACUGAUUGGGAAUAUUGCCAGCUACCUCAAUGAUGGGACGCGGAAAAGAGUUCUGAUAAAUGCAUUCACAGUUCGUGCUUUGCGUGAUACAUUCUCUCCUGCCCGAGGAGCAGGUGUUAUGGCUUUAUGUGCCACCAGUUCCUAUUAUGAUGUCACUGAGAUAGCAACCAGGAUUCUUCCAAAUAUUGUUGUACUUACAAUUGAUCCUGACAGUGACGUCCAAUCAAAGGCAUUCCAAGCAGUUGACCAAUUUUUACAAAUAGUGAAGCAGAACCAUGAGAAGGUGUGUUACUGGAUUCUUCUUACUUUUGAUUUCAGUGGGGCAUUUUCUUUUUUCUUUUUCUUCUUCUGGGGUGUAUUUUUUUUAGAUAUUUCAGAAUCUGUAGGACAUUAUGAAGCACAAAAAAUAGCUGAAAUGUUACAUUGUGUUUAUCAAGUAGUGAACCAAUCCAGUCUUGUGUGUCCUUCAUAUAUGCUAUCUCAAGUGAAAUAGUAAGUGGUACGAAUUUGCUAUGAUACAGCUUUGUCUUGCCCCUUUGACUUACAAGAUUACUUCACCCCAAAAGUCCAUAUUACCUUGUGCGUCUAUCGUACUUAACAAAGGUACUGUGUCUUCCAUAGGGAGUCAAAAGCUCAUCAUCAUAACGGGUCCAUACAUGUAUUUAAUUCCACCUUCUUUCAGGCCAAGUUACCGUGCAGGUUCAAAUUAUAUGGGUGUGACGUCCAAAACAGGUCUCUGCUCCUGGUGGUGCAUAAAAUGAUUCUUCCAUAUCUAACACACAUGCCAGUCAUUUGCCAACUGGUCCUUAUAAAUUGCAAAAU